UGGAGCGGCAGGCAGAGGAAAGAUGGCAGCCGCGGCAGUGGCUGAGUUUCAGAGAGCUCAGUCUCUUCUCGGGACAGACCGGAACGCCUCUAUCGAUAUCUUACACUCUAUAGUGAAGCGGGACAUCCAGGAGAGUGAUGAGGAGGCGGUGCGUGUUAAAGAGCAGAGCAUCCUGGAGCUGGGCGGGCUGCUGGCCAAGACAGGACAGGCUGCAGAGCUGGGGGGUCUGCUGAAAUACGUACGCCCCUUCCUCAACUCCAUCUCCAAGGCAAAGGCGGCCAGGCUGGUCCGCUCCCUGCUGGACAUGUUCCUGGACAUGGAGGCGGCCACGGGUCAGGAGGUGGAGCUCUGCCUGGAGUGCAUCGAGUGGGCGAAGGCUGAGAAGAGGACCUUCCUCAGACAGGCGCUCGAGGCUCGUCUCAUCUCACUGUACUUCGACACAAAGUGCUACCAGGAGGCACUACAGCUCGGCUCCCAGUUGCUGCAGGAGCUGAAGAAGAUGGACGACAAAGCGCUGCUGGUGGAGGUUCAGCUGCUGGAGAGUAAGACGUACCACGCACUCAGCAACCUGCCGAAAGCCCGCGCCGCACUCACCUCCGCCAGGACGACCGCCAACGCCAUCUACUGCCCACCCAAACUACAAGCAGCUUUAGACAUGCAGUCAGGGAUCAUUCACGCAGCGGAGGAGAAAGACUGGAAGACGGCGUACUCCUACUUUUACGAGGCCUUUGAGGGCUACGACUCCAUCGACAGCCCCCGAGCCAUCACAGCCCUCAAAUACAUGCUGCUCUGCAAAAUCAUGCUCAAUCUGCCGGAGGACGUUCAGGCGCUCAUCAGCGGCAAGCUCGCUCUGCGGUACGCGGGCAGACAGACAGACUCACUGAAAUGUGUCGCACAAGCCAGCAAGAACCGGUCGCUGGCAGACUUUGAAAAGGCACUAACAGAGUACAAAGCAGAGCUGAGGGAUGACCCCAUCAUCAGCACCCACCUGACCAAACUCUAUGACAACCUGCUGGAGCAGAACCUCAUCAGGGUCAUCGAACCUUUCUCCCGGGUUCAGAUAGCACACAUUUCCUCCCUCAUCAAACUAUCUAAGGGAGACGUGGAGAGGAAAUUAUCACAGAUGAUCCUGGACAAGAAGUUUCACGGUAUUUUGGACCAAGGUGAAGGAGUGCUGAUCGUGUUUGACGAGCCGGCGGUGGACAAGACGUACGAGGCGGCUCUGGAGACCAUCCAGAACAUGAGCAAAGUGGUCGACUCGCUCUACAACAAAGCCAAGAAGCUCACAUAAGAGAGAGUGGAACCGUGGGUCCUCCUGUCAGGACCGACGUGGGCCAGUCACACCUCCGUUGUUCGCUCACUUCAACCGGGGAGGGACGAGGGGAGGACGAGGGGAGUACAAACACUUAACAACCCAGCAAGCAAAUAAACCAGCCGACCGACCGACCCCACCAGAACAACUCGGUGACGGGGUGGCCGCGCCGCUCGCUCCUCCUGCUCCUCCCUCGCUCCUCUGCUCUCCCUCUCUCCUGUCUCCUCCUUCCACUCUGACUGGGUUGAUCUGACACGGCGGUCUCCUCCCUGUGGACAAAUUCGGGCACUGUGCCCCUCUGCUCUCCUCCCUCCACUGGUUUCUACUGUAUGUAAAAUUGGACGAGCCUCCCUUUCUCCUUUUUUUUCUCCUGUUUCUCUCUGCGCUGGCCAUCAGGGAAUCUUGUAAAAUAACCGUAAAGAAUACGUAUACAGUACUUAUACAUACAUGUAUUAUAUAAAGAAAACGUGCUGGGUCUGUUCUCAGAGUGUACGCGGGGUUAACGUGGGUUGGUUGGUCCGUGUCUGUCGCCGGAUUCUUCCCGUUCUGUUCACUUCGCCGACCAGCCCCGAAUGUUUGUUUUCUCUGAUUUUCUGCGGUUCGGAAGAAUCGCCUCACAGGUCGCCCGGCGUAUGAAAACGGCGGCCGCCCGAACCCCUCACAUCCUCACUUUGACCUUCGCCCCCUCACCUGUUUCACCCCGAGUGCUCGCGCUCGCUCACAAGGCAUUCUGGGAUUCGUGGACCACGCAGGGAGUCUGCUCCUCUGUCCACUCGGGACCACGCCACGCGGAGAGGACGUUCAUCGACACACUUCCUCCCCCUGCACUUCCUGUUUGUAUAUAACAUUGCCAAGCGCCUCCGUUCAUCCACGGCCUGAUGUAUUCACCCCCUUUUUUUAUAACGUGUAAGAACAGAUGAAAGCUCGCCGCAGAGAGCUUGGUCAGUCACACAAAGUGCUUUUGAUGACACGUGACCGGAGAGGAACCUCUGAGACCAGACGGUGCCGAAGACGGCGAAUUUCGCUGGAGAAAAUCAAGCUGUACAUUUUUGGGAACUUAAUUUUGCAAGGACUCGAGGGUUUGCCGUAUAUGACAUAGAGAAAGACAAAUGCUAAUAAAAAAAAAAAUUAAACCUGAAA